GUUUUGAAAGCGGAUGGCUUUGCAAAGGUAAAACCCUUGGACAAACACGAAGUGGUGCAAGUGCUCCAAGACAAGGGCUUGGUGGUGGGCAUGACAGGCGAUGGCGUCAACGACGCCCCGGCGCUGGCCAAAGCGCAGAUCGGCAUCGCGGUGCACGGGGCCACUGAUGCGGCGAAGUCGGCAGGUGAUAUUGUGCUGACCAAAGAUGGUUUGUCGCCCAUUUACACCGCGAUCCAGAUCUCGCGCCGUAUCUUCAAGCGAUUGAAGUCUUACGUGAUCUAUCGCAUUUGCAUCACCGUACAAGUGGUCUUCUUCCUAGCUGCCCUGGCCAUCUUUUACAAUCUUCGUUUCAAGGCCCUGUACAUCAUUUUGCUGGCGCUCUUUCACGACUUGCAGAUCGUGACCAUUGCCUACGACCACCAGGUGGCGGGUGCGAAACCUGAAACCCCCACGGUGUUGGGUUUGCUGUUGACCAGCUACUCCAUGGGUGUUCUGAUGUUCGUUCAGACCAUGGUGUUGCUUCAAUACGGCCACCUCUUCAUGUCCGAUGAGUUCGAUGCCGCCUUUCGUCACAGCAUGGGUGACUCCUCUGCGGGAACCGAGAUGGACAAGUACUUGGAGACCACCAUCUUCCUACAGAUCUCCAACUCCUCUGCCAUCUUGAUCUUCUCCGCCCGGACGGUGAGCUUCUUCUUCAGUACCUUCCCCGCCUGGCAGUUGUCCUUCAGCACCGCUCUGGGACAGGUGUUGAUCAACAUCUGGUGCCUCGUUGCUCCCACUGGGCUGGUAGACAAGUUGCUUCCCAUGGAUGUGCUGAAGGUCUGGAUCUAUGACAUUUGUUGGCUCCUCUUCCUGGAUUUGGUGAAAAUGUCUGCGUCGGGACUCUGGGAGAAGUACAAACCAGCCACCAUUGAUCGCAAUCCAGCCUUGCAGGCCAAGGACCGCAACAGCCGGAGGAUGUCCAACAACUUGCGACCGUCCUACAUGUUGGCGCAAGCUGGAGGCGGAGAGUUGGGCAACAGGGUCACUGACUUGCCGGAGGGAAGUCGGAACUCCCUGCGUUUGUCCCGGACUUUUAAAAAACCUUAGCUGAUCGAACUGGCGGUGGUUCGAAAGAAAGAAC